AUGGGCGGUAAAGCGGGGCUUGUGCCUAUUGCUUUGGCUGUGGGCUUUGGGAUUCUCAACGGCUACUGGGUUUUCAAACCUGCUUUUGAUGAGCGAGAGGCUCAGAAAAUACUAGAGACAUCGCCAAAGCAAACCGAGCCUACAUAUUCACGACAGAUAUUUAACUGGUGGGCUGGGAACAGCCCAACAGAUAAAACAGGACAGCAGAAGUGA